AUGACACAGCCAGAAGUCGCAGCCACAGCAGCGCCAGGAGCGGCUAAGAGCUCCGAGCAGACCGUGGCUGGCGUGGACUUCAGCGCCCUGGUUGCCCUUGAGCAGGGCGAGGCACUGCGGCGCGUUGUCUUGGCGUAUCCGCGCGUCGGGCUGCAGGCCACGCAACUGGGCCGUGCACGCUCUAUUGUGCAGCGCGCGCUGCACCACAAGCAGGCGGGCGACGCCGUCUUCCUCGCGUUCACCUCCAACCUCAUUUCCAGCGGGCUGCGCGAGACGUUCGCGUUUCUUGCGCAGGAGCGGCUCGUCGAUGGCGUCAUCACCACCGCCGGCGGCGUCGAGGAGGACGUUAUCAAGUGCCUAGGUAGGACGCUGCUUGGUCAGUUCAGCCUUGACGGCCGUGUGCUGCGCAAAAACGGCGUGAACCGCAUUGGCAACUUGCUCGUGCCGAACGACAAUUACUGCCACUUCGAGGACUUCUUCAUGCCGGUGCUGAGGCGCACACACGAGCAGCAGCGCGAGUCUCGCUGGGAGAAAAUGACGGCCCCGUCGGACCUUAUUGCGGCGAUGGGUGAGGCCCUUGAGCAAACGCACCGCGAUGAAUGCGCCUCGAGUCUGGUGUACUGGUGCUACCGUAACGGUAUUCCGCUCUUCUCGCCCGCCUUGACUGACGGCUCGAUGGGCGACAUGAUUUACUUCUACAACUUCUCGAAGAAGGGGCUGCUGGUGGAUCCCGUCGUCGACGUCGUUCGGCUGCGCCAGCUCGGUCAGCGCCACAGCAGCAAGACUUCUGCUGGCGCCACCUCCACUGGCGGACAGACCACCUGCAUUGUGCUGGGUGGUGGGCUGCCGAAGCACCAUCUGCUGCAGAACGUGCGCGCAGACGCGGUGGUAUACGUGUCGACAGGGCUGGAGGUGGAUGCGUGCCCGAGUUCCUGCAGCGUUGCGGACGACAGGGCGAACGGAGUGCUGGCGAGCGACUGUGAGGUGGUGCGUGUGCAUGGCGAUGCGACAUUCAUUUUUCCGCUGCUUGUGUGCCACACCGAGGAGGAGGAGGAGGAGGAGGAGGCGACGGCAGCAGCAGUAGCAGCCACCUCCGCCGCUGAAAUGCGGCAGUGUGAGGAUAACGGAAUUAAGGCGACUCGUGCUGAAUAA